GAAACAACGCGACGCAUAUCACCAUUCCAAAAUCCGAAAGAAUUUCCAAACGAUUCCGCCGACGCCGACCUAUUGUUGGAAUCCGUAAAGAAAUAAACAUUUUAGGCCAUCUAAAAAUAUACUUUAUCUUCUAUCAUUUAUGCUGCGUAGCGUUCCGCUGGCUUGUAAAAUCAUUAUUUUAAGCACCGUAUUUUUGAGUAUCGCUUAUUUUCAUGAGUCACGGAGCCCGUAGACACGGUGGAUUGGUUGUUCAGUUCUGCGUACGGCGUAAGUGCUGAAAGUCGUGUAAAAAGUUGUAUCCGCCGAGAUCGCCAGGAAUUCGUUUAUAAAUAUAGUGCGGUGUGUGAGAGGUUGUGGGAAUGGACAGGCGCGUCGAUGUCUGUGCGGCGGAAUGUCUCGCUGAUUCUAUGAAAUACUGUUGAUGUGUGUACAAGAUAAAUAAGGGCACAAUUUGGGAGAUUGUGCACUUGCCGUUAUCUGGUUUAAAAAGUGUUGCCAGCUAACAUAUGUAAUACCAACGUUUUGCUAUUGGCUCUGUACUGCUCCGUGAACGUUACAUUAAAAUAUGAAAGUAAACAACCUAACUAACCAUUACAAUCUAUUUGAAUUAUUAGCAUCGUAAGCGAAGAUAUGUUACGAUGUAAAACAUACCUAGAUCGGAAUGAGAGCUUAAGAGAUAAUUGACUGGAUGAAUGGGUUCAUUAUCCUGGAUUAAUAAUAUACCAUAAUAAAGACCACAAUUCUUGUUGGAGAUGAGGCAUACGUCACUGACGUAUUUUAUUAUUGUUUUGUCGUUUCAACCACUUAUUGCGAAGAUAACACUCAUCCAAACUUUGUUUGGAUAUUUAAUACUUACCAUAUAGAAUUAUUGUUAGCUACAAAACUGUAUUCUGUAGCCAUUAGCAGCUAGUGUUUUGUAUAUAAACAUUGGAGACUGAUGUACUUAACAUACUGCUAAAGAUAAUACUAAUAGUUUAUUACAGUUAGAAUUUAACGCAUUUUGUAAGUCGCGCAUUUCUACGUAACAUUAAAGACAGACACAAAUAUUAUAAAAAACAAAGAUGUUGCAAAAAAGAAUUGUUAUUUUGAAUUGAAUUGCUACCUACUUAGUCUCCAAGACAGCGAAUCUGUGUUAUGUUUUGCUUGAAAAGAAACUGUAAACUUUGGAUUUAACUAUUUUGUGCUAUGCUUAAACAAGCAAGAAAUUGAUAAAUCGCAUCAGAAGAUCGAAGCACAUCGUCCUGAAAACUGAGAACUGAUACAAACGUGUGGUGUACUGAAUGACACGACAGUGCAUCCUUUUCUUUUGAUAUUGAUAAAGGGCAAUUUGACAAGUGAUUAUUAACCAAAAACACCAUGAAGUUCUAAAAGGGGUGUUCGGUCGUUUCGACCCAAAUGUAAGACAAGCAAUUUAUUUAACUAGUGUUGUUUUACGUAUAAAGAACAAUAUUCCUACUUACAUGAAGAUUGCAGUUAACAGUCCUAUAAUGCAUGCGGUCAUUUCGUGCUAAUGUGAAGUAACAACACAGUCAAAGUUGCGAGAGUUGCGCGAGAGUUGCGCGGCAUGCGCGCGCGCGCCCCAUGAUAUUCACGGGGGGCGCGCGCCGCCGCUCGUCGCCCGCUCCACGCGCCGCCAGCCGCGCCGCCUCGCGCCCGCGCACACAUCUCGCUACGAGCUCCGCUUUCAACUGGCUGCCAGGUGGAAGCUGCGGAGACGCGGUCCCCGAGGUGCGUCGCUCGCGGGGCAAGGGCAUCACUCAACGUCGCGGGGCUAUCAAGCAUCAUAAAAUCCACGAGGUGAACGGCCAUCAGUUCAUAGCCAAAUUCUUCAGGCAGCCAAUCUUCUGCGCAUUCUGCAAGGAGUUCCUGUGGGGCUUCGGGAAGCAGGGCUAUCGAUGUUCGGCGUGCCAGACCGCGGUCCACAAGCGAUGUCAUAACAAACUGCUGGGGAAAUGUCCCGGGACCAGCGACAUCUCCGAAGCCACUGUUGUGAGUAUUCAACCUUUAAAAAGGUAACUAUUCUUUAAGGCUACCAUCAAAUUUUUAUCAAAAUCUUUUGAAUAAUAUCGAAAACUAAACAAAUUAACAGAAAAUUAUGCGGAGAUAAAAGCUAGUUAUGCUAUAGGUAUUAUUCCAUAAUAUAAAUGCGUAAGUUUGUGUGAUUACACGGGAAUAACCUAUCGAAUAACACAUAGGGUAAUUUUUAUCCUGAAAUUCCCACGGGAGCGACGCCCUGAGCCACAGCUAAUAUUAUAUUAUAUAUUAUUUUCCAUUAUACAAAAUGUGGUCACAAUUAACGACAAGUAUUUAGUGGCCACGGUUUUCUAAAAAGAAAAUCACUAAAAUCCUUAUAAAUUGUGGCAACUGUGUCCAAAUAGAAACUACUUACUGGAAUCCGUCGCUUACGAAACUACUUCAUUUUCUCAAUAAAUGUAUAUAUGCAGUGUACUAUAAUAUCCAGUUUCCGCCUGGUUUUGACAAAAGGGGCCAAAAAGGACCCUAAAAUGUCGUUUAAAAUA